CGCCUCUCUAAAACGGAUCGUACAACAAAAAACUGCCACUGUGCAAAGGAAAAGAUUUGCUCAAUCAUCGGAAUGCAUCCACAUGCUGGAUGUCGUUCGUAUUCGACACUGUCCGCUGCCGGGCAACGACUGAUACGCCUCUGGAGUUUGGAUGGCAAAGACCGACGCCUACGUUUCAGCAACAACAUUUUAAAGCGCUUCUCGGAAAAGGAAAGACAUCGACAGCUGAUCAACGGUAACAGUCGCUUCUGUUGCCGAUCCAUAACUAUCAGUAGAGCUCCAGCAAUGAGACUUCGUGGCGGUGCUAUAGGAGAGGUACGAAUCGCUGCCGUUGUUCCAGUGAUCAUCAUGUUCAUCCUCAUUCGGUAG